AUGGAGCUUCACAGAUGUUCAGAGAAUGAUGAGGGCCUCUCAACACCAAACUUAGAGUUUGAAUGUGGGGACUUCUCAAUAUUUGGACUGUGUAAUACACCUGCAACAUUCCAAAGGUGCAUGCUCUCUGUAUUUUCAGACAUGAUUGAGACGUUCAUUGAGGUGUUUAUGGAUGACUUCUCCGUAUUUGGUAACACAUAUUCUGAUUGCUUGCAUCACUUAGCCCUGGUGCUAAAGAGAUGCCAAGAGACCAACCUUGUUUUAAACUUUGAAAAAUGCCCUUUCAUGGUUACAGAAGGAGUGGUCCUUGGUCAUAAAAUCUCAAAGAAUGGCAUAAAAGUAGACAGGGCAAAGGUAGAAGUGAUUGAAAAGUUACCUCCACCUUGUAAUGUCAAAACAAUCAUAAGCUUUUUGGGACACGCUGCACUCAAAUACUUGCUUACAAAACAAGAAUCCAAGCCACGACUAAUAAGAUGGAUCCUGCUACUCCAAGAGUUUGACAUCGAAGUUAAGGAUAGGAGUGGAGCAGAGAACAAAGUUGUUGACCACCUCUCAAGGAUCCUACAAGAGGAAGAAGGAGCACACCAUCUUGCAGUGAAUGAAUGCUUCCCGGAUGAGCAAUUGAUGGUGAUACAAGAGACCCCUUGGUUUGCUGACAUAGCCAAUUUCAAGGCCAUUGGGGAACUACCAACGAACAUCAACAAACAUAUGAAGAGAAAGCUCAUCAAUGAUGCCAAAUACUAUAUCUGGGAUGAGCCAUACUUGUUCAAAAAGUGUGCUCAUGGGAUCUUGAGGAGGUGUAUAUCCCAUGGAGAAGGACAAGAGGUGCUUUGGCAAUGUCAUGGAUCUGCAUAUGGAGGCCACUUUAGUGGAGAAAGAACAGCAGCCAAGGAGAUUGACUUCAUGGGGCCUUUCCCAUCCUCCUACUCAAAUAGUUAUAUACUUGUGGCUGUAGAUUAUAUGUCAAAGUGGGUGGAGGCUAUUGCCACCACCACAAAUGACAACAAGGUUGUAAUGAGCUUCUUAAGAAAGAACAUUUUCAGCAGGUUCGGAGUUUCCAGAGCACUCAUUAGUGAUGGAGGGACACAUUUCUGCAAUAAACAACUGGAAGCACUCCUUCUUAGAUAUGGAGUCAAAUACAAGGUGGCAACCCCUUAUCAUCCGCAGACCAACGAGCAAGCAGAGAUUUCCAACAGGGAGCUAAAAAGGAUUCUCAAAAAAACUGUUGGAAGCUCAAGGAAGGACUGGUCUAAGAAGCUAGACGAUGCUUUAUGGGCCUAUAGGACAGCCUUCAAGACUCCCAUUGGGAUGUCACCAUACCAACUAGUAUUUGGCAAGGCUUGCCACUUGCCAGUUGAAUUGGAGCAUAGAGCCUUCUGGCUCUAA